AUGGAGAGUACUGUCGACUCCUGUCCCCGUAAUCUGGCUGAUACCGUGAGAGCUUCUUCAAGACUUGGCUGUGGUCGUGACAAAUAUGGAAAUAAUCAGUAUAUAUGUCUCCCUAACAGAGAAAAGACCAAACUGGUAGAACUCUGUCACAAUGGAGUCAUGGUAUUAAUAGAAAGAGGCAAAUGUUUGGAAACCGCAGAGGGUAAACUUUUUACAAGUAACUGUUCUGGUUUUCUUACUGGAUGCCCAGAUAUUGAUUUCAAUAGUAUGGAUAUAUACAAAUACCCUGCCUGUCAUGGGAUUAACAAGCAGUUCCAUUGCUAUCUAGCUGAUCCAUCAUGUGCAAAUACCACUUGGACAAUGUCUACUGAAAACACAACAGAGAUAUUUCUCCCUGGAAUUACUACAGAUUUAGGAAUUCAUAACACAUCAGCAACAAAUUUUCAAACAACAGCAUACCGAAAUAGCACUUGGACUAUACAUGUAUCUACUGAAAACACAACAGAGACAUUUCCGCCUGGAAUUCCUACAGAUUUAGGAAUUCAUAACACUUCAGCAACGAAUUUUCAAACAACAGCAAACCCAGAAAAUAGCUCCAUACAUAAAUGGGCAAUCUUUGGAAGUCUUGGGGCUGUGGCUGUUACGCUAUUUCUUAUUUUUGUUCUAAUAAAAGUUAGGAUGGUGCUCAAAACAAGGCAAAGAUUAAAAAAUCAGGAGGAGGACUUUUUAUAUGAAGGAAUCAAUUUAUUGCCAACAGAGGAGGAAAACUUCCAAGAUAAACGAUACGUGGGUGAGUACAACUUGUGGAGGACAAAGAUAUCAGGUCGAUUCUCCACUCUGACUGAUGACGAGGUGUUAGUGUUAUUCUGUUUUCUGUGUUCUGACUCCGGUCCUCCUUACUUCACUGACGCAGAGUGGCUGGACAUGCUUAAUAAGAUACGACAGAAAGUGUACCGUAAAGAGAAUCCGGUAACACGUGAAGAAGCACAGCAGACUCUGGAAAGACUGAAGUCAUGUGAUUACUUUUGGGAAGAUCAGGACAGGAUCACAAAGGACACUAAGGAUGAGUCAAUGUAUAGAAUAGCAUCAAUAAACAACUAUAUACCAUUGUGGUACAGUAGUUAUGACACAGCCAGUGUGUACCUGAGAACACAGAGAUACAAAAGAAAACUCGGAGAGAAGUGUGUCAUUAUUGGUUUUGAUGACUUACUGAUUCUCCGUCUUCAGAUGAACAUACUGACUCACGUAACCAUGGAUGAUACGACUAUAUAUAAAAACAUACACCAGAUAAUGAAUGUUUCAGAUAAUAUACUAAGGGAAAGUGAAGAUGAACUGAAAGAAUUUCUAAUGGAUCUAAGAAGAGAAGGGGAGGCUGUACAUUACAGAAGAAGAUCACAUGACAGUGUAGAUCACGUGACAUGGCUCUGGAGAUACGGGAGACCCGACAUCGUGAGAUCCUGUAUAGGCCUAAAUCCACACUGGGACAUUUACAUCAUCGACAACAAAGCUUACAGAAAAUCAA